UGUCAGCCAGAUGGCAAGUCAUCGUCAUCGCUGCUUCGCGUUCGGGUCGUUGUCUUCGUCGCUCCCUGCUCUGUGCGCUUGCGGUUAUAGCUCGGUAACCCUCCGUAGCCUGUAGUUAAGAGACUGAACCAGAUUUUCGUCACCUCCAAAAACCCAAUAGAAACGCAUCAACAAAGGAAGUGUGCACGUCGUAGCAAGCUGCGAUCAGGAUAAUUGUGAUUGUGCUUUUGCGAAUCCGGCAUCAAGUGAGGCGGCAGCCUAAAAGGCAAAGUGUGAAAAGCGUGCGGCUCGUGUGUGUGUGCCCGUUUUCCCACCCAUAGCACGGAUUACAUUUGCCAAAAGCGAAUCGGUUUUCUGCAGAGAGGAAGCUUGAGUCGCAUCGAAGUUUUGUGGUAACAUCCCCCCUCCGGUCGGAAGCAAUCCGAAGAAACCGUUCUUCAAAUGGCCGACAGCAAGAACGAUGAUUUGGCAACUGCCAUCCUGAAGCGCAAGGAUCGCCCGAACCGCUUGAUCGUCGACGAAGCCGCUAACGAUGACAACUCGGUUAUUUCGUUGUCACAGGCAAAAAUGGACGAGCUGGAGCUGUUCCGCGGCGACACGGUACUGCUGAAGGGCAAACGCCGGAAAGAGACGGUCUGCAUCGUCUUGUCGGACGAGAACUGCCCGGACGAGAAGAUCCGCAUGAACAGGGUGGUGCGCAACAAUCUGCGCGUCUGGCUCGGCGACGUGGUGAUGAUCCAGUCCUGCCCGGACGUCAAGUACGGCAAGCGCGUCCACAUCCUGCCGAUCGACGAUACGGUCGAGGGUCUGUCGGGCAACCUGUUCGACGUGUACCUGAAGCCGUACUUCCUGGAGGCGUACCGGCCCAUCCACAAGGACGAUACGUUCAUCGUGCGCGGCGGCAUGCGGGCGGUCGAGUUUAAGGUGGUCGCGGCCGAUCCGGAGCCGUACUGCAUCGUCGCACCGGAGACGGUGAUACACUGCGAGGGCAAUCCGAUCAAGCGCGAGGAGGAAGAGGAAACGCUGAACGCGGUCGGGUACGACGACAUCGGCGGAUGCCGCAAGCAGCUGGCGCAGAUCAAGGAGAUGGUCGAGCUGCCGCUGCGCCACCCGUCGCUGUUCAAGGCGAUCGGUGUGAAGCCGCCGCGCGGCAUUCUCAUGUACGGUCCCCCCGGUACGGGCAAAACGUUGAUCGCCCGUGCGGUCGCGAACGAAACCGGUGCGUUCUUCUUCCUGAUCAAUGGGCCGGAAAUUAUGUCCAAGCUGGCGGGCGAGUCGGAAUCCAAUCUGCGCAAAGCGUUCGAGGAGGCGGAGAAGAACUCGCCGGCGAUCAUCUUCAUCGACGAGAUCGACGCGAUUGCGCCGAAGCGCGAGAAGACGCACGGUGAGGUGGAGCGGCGCAUCGUGUCGCAGCUGCUCACGCUGAUGGACGGCAUGAAGAAGAGCUCGCACGUGAUCGUGAUGGCGGCCACGAAUCGGCCGAACUCGAUCGACCCGGCCCUGCGUCGGUUCGGACGCUUCGAUCGCGAAAUCGACAUCGGCAUUCCGGAUGCGACCGGCCGGCUGGAGGUGCUGCGCAUCCACACCAAAAACAUGAAACUGGCGGACGACGUCGACCUCGAGCAGAUUGCGGCCGAAUCGCACGGUCACGUCGGGGCCGAUCUGGCGUCGCUGUGCUCGGAGGCGGCGCUGCAGCAGAUCCGCGAGAAGAUGGACCUGAUCGACCUGGAGGACGACCAGAUCGACGCGGAGGUGCUGAACUCGCUGGCCGUCUCGAUGGAGAACUUCCGCUACGCGAUGACCAAGUCGAGCCCGUCGGCGCUGCGCGAAACCGUGGUCGAGGUGCCGAACACGACCUGGACCGACAUCGGUGGGCUGGAGAACGUGAAGCGCGAGCUGCAGGAGCUGGUCCAGUACCCGGUCGAGCAUCCGGACAAGUUCCUCAAGUUCGGCAUGCAGCCGUCGCGCGGCGUGCUGUUCUACGGGCCGCCCGGUUGCGGCAAGACGCUGCUCGCCAAGGCCAUCGCCAACGAGUGCCAGGCGAACUUCAUCUCAGUCAAGGGCCCGGAGCUGCUGACCAUGUGGUUCGGCGAGUCGGAGGCGAACGUGCGCGACAUCUUCGACAAGGCCCGUUCCGCAUCGCCGUGCGUGCUGUUCUUCGACGAGCUGGACAGCAUCGCCAAGUCGCGCGGUGGCAAUGUGGGCGAUGCCGGCGGUGCGGCUGACCGCGUGAUCAACCAGAUCCUGACCGAGAUGGACGGCAUGGGGGCGAAGAAAAACGUGUUCAUCAUCGGGGCGACCAACCGACCGGACAUCAUCGAUCCCGCCAUCCUGCGCCCGGGCCGUCUGGAUCAGCUGAUCUACAUUCCGCUGCCGGACGAGAAGUCGCGCGAGGCGAUUCUGCGCGCCAACCUGCGCAAGAGCCCGGUCGCGGAGGACGUGGACCUGAACUACGUCGCCAAGGUGACGCAGGGCUUCUCCGGUGCCGAUCUGACGGAAAUCUGCCAGCGGGCCUGUAAGCUGGCCAUUCGUCAGGCGAUCGAGGCGGAAAUUCGCCGCGAGCGGGACCGUGCCGCCAGCCAGAACGCGGCAAUGGAUAUGGAUGAGGAAGAUCCAGUGCCGGAAAUUACGCGCGACCAUUUCGAGGAAGCAAUGAAGUUUGCCCGCCGUUCGGUGUCCGACAACGACAUCCGCAAGUACGAAAUGUUUGCCCAAACGCUGCAGCAAUCUCGUGGAUUCGGUACUAACUUCCGAUUCCCCUCGGGACAGGGCGCCUCCAGCUCGCAGGGCCAGGGUUCGUCGCAACCGACGAGCAAUAAUCCCGGCGACAACGGUGACGACGAUCUCUACAGUUAGAUUGCCCCGCGCCCGGCCAGUGUAGAUCCAUCUAAUAUCCCCCUCUCCCCUUAACCUAGACUAUAAACAGUCGUCGGGCCUGCUACCACAGCUGCUAGCUGCGGGGUGUGCAGUCUUUCAACUAAAGAAUCAUUGCCGUGCGUGCGUUUGUGUGCGUGUUGAGGGAGGGGAACAUAUACAGUUUUGCCUUCACAACACCACCACCAUCCCUUCCCGAUUAUAUCAUUCUUUCUUUCCGCUCGUCAUCCCAGAAACAGAAAAAGAAAACAGAGCUAUGUGUGCAGAUCGAGGAUUAGUAGCUUCUAGGGAAAGAGCAAACAUAUGACUGGUUUUUAGUAGAAUGCGAUCUAGUAGUAGUAAGAAUCGACGAAUACUGUAGCAAAAGGCUCCCUCUCGCUUGGUCGUGACACUCAGCGUCUCACGCAUGGUCGAUGUCGAGGGGAGAGGCAGCUGUGUAGUGUCGCGAAGGAAAAGAUGAGGGAAAGGCUGGUGAAUAAACGGGGAGGAUUGCUUAAAAAUAGAGGGAAAACGCGCAUAAUAUGAAUGAAGGUAGAGGCAGGCGGACGCAAGACUUGCAUCUGCAAUUCGAGCUCAGUGGAGAAGGGAUUUAUAGGCGGCGGCGUAAGGUGGUGUUGAGACUGCAGCAGAAAACAGCAGCUUGUGGUAGGCGUCUUAUUCGUAAUGAUGAUUUUUGAAGCAAAUAAGAAAUGCGAUACAUUUAA